CAAUUCAUUGAGUGCUGUGAUUGUGGGGAUUAUCUGAAGAAAGCUGAGAAACGUCUCAACGAAGAGAUUGAAAGAGUGUCCCACUAUUUGGAUGCAAAAAGUGAAUCCAAAAUUACUAAUGUGGUGGAGAAAGAGAUGAUCGAAAGCCAUAUGCACAGGUUGGUUCAUAUGGAGAACUCAGGCUUAGUGAAUAUGAUCGUAGAUGACAAGUAUGAAGAUUUAGGAAGGAUGUACAACUUGUUCCGUAGAGUGCCAACUGGACUUGCACUGAUUAGAGAUGUCAUGACUUCUCAUAUUAGAGAAAUUGGUAAGCAGCUUGUCACUGAUCCAGAAAGGUUAAAGGAUCCUGUAGACUUUGUGCAGAGGCUUUUGGAUGAGAAGGAUAAGCAUGAUAAGAUCAUAAGUUCAGCAUUUAACAAUGACAAAACAUUCCAGAAUGCCCUCAAUUCCUCAUUUGAGUACUUUAUUAAUCUGAAUCCACGAUCACCAGAGUUCAUUUCCUUAUUUGUGGAUGACAAACUUCGGAAAGGACUGAAAGGGGUUACUGAGGAGGAUGUAGAGAUUGUAUUGGAUAAAGUGAUGAUGCUUUUUCGCUACCUUCAGGAGAAAGAUGUGUUUGAGAAGUACUACAAGCAGCACUUGGCAAAGAGACUUCUCUCAGGCAAGACAGUAUCUGAUGACGCUGAGAGAAGUUUGAUAGUUAAGCUUAAAACAGAAUGCGGGUACCAGUUCACAUCAAAACUGGAAGGCAUGUUUACUGACAUGAAGACCUCACAAGAUACAAUGCAGGGUUUUCAUGCUGCUGUGGGUGCUGAGAUCACGGAUGGUCCUUCACUCACAGUCCAGGUCCUUACUACUGGGUCCUGGCCAACACAGUCCGUUACUACUUGCAAUCUUCCUCCUGAAAUUUUGGGGGUCUGUGAUAAGUUCAAGACAUACUAUCUCGGCACUCAUACAGGUAGGAGGUUGUCAUGGCAGACAAAUAUGGGGACUGCUGAUUUGAAAGCUACAUUUGGAAAGGGACAAAAGCAUGAACUUAACGUUUCCACUUACCAGAUGUGCAUCCUUAUGCUGUUCAACAAUGCUGAUCGGUUGAGUUACAAAGAAAUUGAGCAGGCUACAGAAAUACCAGCUUCAGAUUUAAAGAGGUGCUUACAAUCUCUUGCAUGCGUUAAGGGGAAGAAUGUUUUGAGGAAGGAACCAAUGAGCAAGGAUAUUGUUGAGGAUGAUGCUUUUUACUUCAAUGAUAAAUUCUCUAGCAAGUUCUACAAGGUAAAGAUAGGUACUGUUGUUGCACAAAAGGAGUCAGAGCCUGAAAAACAGGAGACUAGACAAAGAGUGGAGGAGGACCGGAAACCACAGAUUGAGGCAGCAAUAGUCAGAAUCAUGAAAUCUCGGAGGGUGCUCGAUCACAACAAUAUAGUUGCUGAGGUCACGAAGCAGCUAAAUUCUCGCUUCCUGCCAAACCCAGUUGUCAUAAAGAAACGAAUUGAGUCUUUGAUUGAGCGGGAAUUCUUGGAGAGAGAUAAAACAGACAGGAAGUUAUAUCGUUACCUGGCUUGAAGAAACCACAGGCACUGAACCCGUGAUUUUAUCGGGGCUUGUUAGGCCUUAACCGGUGAAAAUGUAAGUUUGAAUGUUUGUCAAGUUACUUGAUGCCCAGAUGGGUUUUAUUGACAGUUUGUUGGUUCAAUGCAUCCACUUUAUUUCUAUUC